CUCACGUGGCGGAGUGCUCUAGUGCUGGAGAUCUCGCGAGAUGGAGAUCUCUUGAGGAGUUCUUGCAGGAUAGCGGUGUUGCUUAUGCUCCAGGUCCUAGCGGGCAGCACAGCGUUUCUGCUCACAACCCCGGAACAGGGGUCGGAUGCAGCCACCUUGCACUAGAGAACCCUGGUCUGAAGAGCCAAGUGCGGGCUGCAUGGGCUCUUCACAUGGCACCCUAUGAGCAAGAGAAAGAAGACAAAACACAGACGGGAAAAAAAAAAAGGUCUUAGCCCUGUUUGCGUCUCUGAGCGACCACCCUUGGAAGUUUUAUAGAUUCUAACCUUUUGGAGACAAAGGACACUCGACAGCUUAAGAUACACGCGCAAAUGUCAGCAAGAGAAGGAUGGUUAUUAAGGGGCCCAGGAAAAAGGCAGAAACCAGCAAGGCUGGGGAGGAGCUCUUUGACCCUUCAGCCUGGCAAAAGCUUUUGUAAAAACUUCGAGCAAGACCAGCAGCCACGUCCUCUGAAACUGAGCGCAUGCGCACAACGCCCACCCAGCUUGCUGGGUGACCCCGGAAGCUAUAGGCUGACGUCAGCGGAGGUUAUGCCCCCUGAUUUUCCGUUGGAACCACAAGGCUGUGAGAGCUUGGAUCAGAAGCGCGAAGUCCCACAGUGGAGCCACAGGUGCCGUUAACUGUCAGGUGGUGAUUUCUCACUGCCCACUGCUGCCAAAUGCCACCCGUAAGAAUCAAACUGUCUAAGCGUCACACGAGUUCACGACGUGCACAGCAUCAAUCCCAUCAAGCCUCCACUCAGUCCCAGAACCUGGAGAUGGCACAGCUCUCCAGGGCUCUGGAGGAGACCCAUCUCCUCCCCCAUCCUCAAAUGCCUGGAAAUUCGAAGGAGGCUCCUGGUGGUGAUAAACCCAGUACUCCUGAGGGUCCUCAGAGUUUCUCUGCAUCUUCCAUUGGCAUCACAGCCUCUGCAUCCAGCAAAUCAAGUGAGGUCUCCAUGAAUCAAGGUGAGGAGAAUAGUCCAGGCACCUCAGAGGCUGUGCCAGGCUCCUCAGAGGCUGUGCCAGGCACUUCAGAGGCUGUGCCAGAUUUCAUGAAUGUGCCUGUGGAUGCCCUAGAUAGUAAAAUAGCUGUGUUGGUGAAUUUCCUGCUGUUCAAGUAUCAAAUGAAAGAGCCAGUAACAAAAGCAGAUAUGCUCCAGGUUGUCAAUAACGAUUGUGAAGUCCAUUUUCCUGAGAUCCUCCUGAGAGCCUCUGAGCGCAUAGAGAUGCUCUUUGGCCUUGAUCUGAAGGAAGUGGAUCCCACCAACCACUGCUAUGGCAUUUUCAUUAAAUCAGGUCUCACCUAUGAUGGCAUGAUGCAUGGUGAAGCAGGCGUGCCCAAGGUCGGCAUCCUGAUACUUAUCCUGGGUGUGAUCUUCAUGAAGGGCAACUGUGCCACCGAAGAAGAAGUUUGGGAAGUUCUGAAUGUGACCGGGCUAUAUUCUGGGAAGAAGCACUUCAUCUUUGGGGAGCCCAAGCAGCUCAUCACCGAACAUUUCGUGAGGGAAGGAUACCUAGAGUUCCGACAGGUGGCCAGCGCUGAUCCUGCGCAGUCUGAGUUCCUGUGGGGCCCCAGAGCUCAUGCCGAAACCACCAAGAUGAAGGUCUUGAAGUUCAUCGCCAAGGUUCAUGGGACUGACCCAAGUUCUUUCCCAUCUCAGUAUGAGGAGGCUUUGCAAGAGGAAAAAGAGAAAGCUCAGGCCAGCAUUUCAGCCAAGGGUCUCCGCCACUCCAAGGUCUAGUGUCGAGACUAGCAGCUUCUUCCUCAACUAGGGAUAGUUUCUUCGUGCAUUGUUCAAAGAGGCAGUUAGUAUUCAUAGAAUUUAGAUUUGAGGUGAGGCUGAAAGGAGAGCAGUAUAUAUGACCGUGUGUCCCUAUUUUGUAUGUGUAACAUGAAAGUUUAUUCUUUUUCAUAUAUACAUUAUUCGAAUGAUUCUUUUCAUAUAGGUUUAAUUGCUUUCAAAACUUUAUGAGUGAUUAUUGAUGUUGCAUUUCAUGUUAUGAUAAGAUUUAAUUGUAAGAGCUCUUUUGUUUUAGAAAUUGUGAAUCCAUCCAUUUUGUUUUGUCAUCUGAAACAAGAUAACAUGAUACUGCUGUAGGUGUGCAUGUAAAUGUGCUAAGUCACUUCAUUUGUGUCUGACCGUUUGCGACCCUAUGGGCUGUGGCCCACUAGGCUCCUUUGUCCAUGGGAUUCUCCAGAUAAGAUUACUGGGAUGGGUUGCUGUGCCCUCCUCCAGGGGAUCUUCCAGACCAGAGAUCAAGCACAAGUCUGCAUCUCCUGUAUUUCAGGAAGAUUCUUCAUCUGCUGAGCCACCAGGGAAGCCCACUGCUAUAGACAUUUCCUUGCAAAUGUGAAAGAAACCGACUUUAAGAUAGUUGAACUCCAAAGAAAAAAUGUUACUGCAAUCCUAGUUCUCUUUUCAAUGCUUAUUUUAUAAAGUUAAAUGAUAAGUACAAUGAA